AUGGGCGCAGUCACAGAAUACAUUAACGAGUAUCUUCCGACUUUUGACGCGCUCGGCGACUUGGAUAAUAUCGUGUCCUCGCUUGAAGAUCAGCGAAGUUCGUUGGCUACUCAGAUCCAAGAACUACAAUCCCAAAUCAACACCGAAUGCGACAGACUACUCUCGAAAUCAGACGCCAUCCUCAACCAAGUCCAAGACUUUAGAACAAACUACUCACAGCUGAAAUCGCGCCUGGCAGUGCCCUCGAAUGGACUCGGACGGCUUAAUUCGCCGUCGGCGGCGGCUGCAGCUGGAGUGGUUAUUGAGCGGCCGCAGUUUUUGGAUCAGCUUCAGAGACUGAUGGAUAAACUGCAGAGAUUUGAGAUUGCGAAACGGUAUUUCGUGACGCUGGAGGAGGUGUUGGUGAUCAGCGAACAAGCGAAAAAAUCAAUAGUCAAAGACACCAGAUCAUCGCUAGACAAAUUCAAUCAACUCUCCGAGCUCGCAAAGUCCGUCAAUCUUCAAAGCCACGAAGCCGAAGACUCGGCGGGAUAUCUGGUUCAGUACUUGGAAGAAUCGCGAGACGAGCUGUGGAAGGAUUUGCGCGAGUCGCUUGCAUCGGAAUUUCGGCCAAGUCUUGAUACAAUUGGGUGGCCGCGUCAAGUAUCUAUGGAUGCCGACUUUGUGGGAUUCAUUGAGGGUUUCAACAAACUCCUCGAGUUUCAAUUUCUAUACCACGACGAGGAUUCCGAAAGACAAAAGGCGCCUAAUCCGAUAAUUGCGUUAUCGGUCAUGGUAGAGCCUUUGGAUAUUCGGUUCAGAUAUCAUUUUGAAGGCACCCGUGAGACUAACAAUAUAUCAAGACCCGAAUGGUUCUUUCAGCACUUCCAGUCCACGAUUGAAGAACACGAGCAAUUAAUGCAGACGGUUGUCCAGGGUAUUCUAGAGCAGUCUGAAUACGUGAGCAACCGAGAAGCCAUGCACGAGUUUAUAUACGCAUACCUUCCCUGCGUCCGGCGAAAAUUAGAGGCGAUUAUUCCCCGGCUGAUGAGCGAGCACCAACUUUUGAGUCAUCUGAUGCUCGAGACUAUGAAGUUUGACGAUUUCCUUCGAGACGUGUACUUGUUUCGACCGUAUGGAUUGCCGGAUGACCAAGAAUGGCAGGGUGUUACCGGGGACAUCAUGUCUCGGAGCGAAUGGUUCCAGUCAUGGCUUUCGAUCGAGAAAGAUUUCGCGUUGGCGCGGUAUCAGGAAAUCAUCGACGCGCCAGAUGCCUGGGUGGUUGAUUUCGACGCCGUGGGCGACAACGAGCCCAAACCGACGAAAUCGUCGCUGCGCCUCAAGGAUCUACUAGAGACCAUCAGCGACCGGUACCGUCCUCUGCGGUCGUUUGUCCAUCGCGUGAGGUUUUUGCUGGAUAUCCAGAUCGCGAUCUUGGACGGGUAUCAUAAGCGGAUAUCGGCAUCGCUGGACGCGUUCGAGUCGCUUACGUCUACGUUGGGGAAAGCAAUGUCGGGUGUGCAUGACGAGGACCGGAAGAAGAUGGUUGAUGGGCUCGCGGGGAUUGAGCGGCUUUGCCGGGCGUAUGGUAGUGCGUACACGAUUCGUGAUGCUUUGAAGGAUUGGGGCGAGGAUAUUUUCUUUCUGGAAUUAUACCAAGAACUUGACACCCGGGCCGCCCAGUUCCGACGGCAAGGCGCACCCAAAGCCCCGCAGUCGUCGUCAUCAGACACGACCGAGCUACAAAAAAUCUCUCAACAGCUUCCAGACACUUUGGACGACGACGGCACAAUCUUUGACGAAGUAAUCAAAGCCUACGACGCCGUGCAGUCGCGCGCGGAGGGACUCAUCAUCAAGCAUUUGCAGCGGGAAGUGCAGAAAGUGUACAAGACGGAUAAAGUGUUUCGGCAGUCGGUCAAAUCAAAAGAGGCGGACGCGGAGGAGAUUUAUAAUUCGCAGGCACAGGUGUCGGAGAUGCUGGCUUAUCUGUCAAGAGCGUUGUCGGAGACGUCGUUUGCGCGGAUUUCAAGGACUUUGUAUCAGUCUUUUAACUUCUGA